AUGACAAUAUCUUAUCAAUUAGAUAUUUCACGUACGUCGAUAAUAAGCGUUGUAAAAUUAUUAUUUCGGUGGAAAGCGAGUUUAUGGAAAAACGUUUUUAAAGAAUUGUUGGCUUGGACAAUUGUUUAUUAUAUUAUCGCAUUUUUCUAUCGAAGUAAUCUUGUAUUAAAUGAUCAACAAAAAGAUAAAUUUGCAAUUUUUGCAAAAUAUUUAAAUGCACAUUUGGAUUAUAUACCAUUAACAUUUAUACUUGGUUUUUAUGUAAGUACAAUCGUACAACGAUGGACUAUCUUUUUUAAUAAUAUGGGUUAUAUAGAAAGGCAAGCUUUAUUCAUUGGUAAUUAUAUAAGAGGCGAUGAUGAGCCUACAAGAAUGAUGAGACGAGCAAUGGUUCGAUAUAUGUGCUUAGCUCAAGUUCUUGUUUAUCGUGAUAUAAGUAUUCGAGUUCGAAAACGAUUUCCUUCCUAUGAAUCUCUCGUUAUCGCUGGUAUUAAUUUUCGUUAUCAUUAUCAUUUAUUUUUAUUAUCGUCAUCAUUUUUUUAA